UGUCUCGGUGGCUGCAGUCGGCCACCCGCACACUCCAGCUCAUGGGCGCCACACCCGAGACGUGGGUGGGUCACCUCUCAACGCGCCUGCGUGGCGGUCCUUUCGAGGCCUGGGAGGAUUUCUAUGCCUACUCCCUUCGUGAGGGUCGGACUCCGACCUUCGUGGAUUUCCAGGCGUUCCUCGAGGAUCGCUUCGGAGCCCGAUACGCCGUGACUGACGCCUUCGAGCGUGUCGUCACUACACGCUGGUCCGGCUCUGGUGGCGCUGCCGGCCUGGAUCGCCACAUCCAGGUCUUUCAGGAAGCCCGCCUCGUUUGCGACGUGGCGUUCCUCCCCGAGGCUGCCCUAAUCGAUCGUUUCUUGGCCAGCCUUCCGCUCGAGUACCGCUCCGAGCUAUGGCGGUACGAGUUCACAUCGGCCCCACAGGCUUACGAGGCCGCUAGGGACCACCAGCGGAUGCGAGCUCGUCUUCACCCCGCCUCCUCCUCCCAGCCCCAGCGCACGGGCCUCGCCUCCUCCUCCUCUCACGGCACUUCCCAGUGCCGUUCCCCUUUCCGCAGUCGCCCCCGCCGUUCCACGCAGCAGGGCCGCCACUUCUUGCGCUGCUUCAGCAUGCUGGAGUAUGCGCUGUGGGAUUCCGGUUCUCAGGGCGACUUCAUUCACCCACGCGUGGUGAAGGAAGCCCGCUUACCCACGACAGGGUCUUCGACUCUCAUCUCCGUUACCCUAGGGGAUGACAAGACCCAGCGCUUCUUCGAUCAGACGGUCACCGACCUCCCCUUCUUCCUCACUCUCGAGCCGACUGAGCGUCCCCCGGCGUUCCGUCGCCACCGCUCCUCUGCACAUUUCGAUGUGAUGGAGACGGGGUACGACUUCAUUCUCGGCACUCCGUGGUCUCGUCGAUUCCGCAGCACCGAGGCCGAUUGGGCGACCAACACUCUCGUUCUCAAAACGAAGUGUGGACAGACGUAUCGCAAGAGCGGAUGUCAGCCAGCCCUGUUCUACAUUCAUGGACUGGCGUCUUGUGGCCCUGAGCCAGUGCUUGAAAUCCUAGUGGAUCUCCAACUAAAGCUGUCUGUUGUGGGAGAUGUGCAGAUGUCCCUUAUGGGAGAUUCCAGGAAGGCGCUACCCUGCUCGCAGAAGCUGGCAAUGAUAAGCAUUCGGGCAGCAUGGAUUGAGGCUGGCCAGCCCCGGGCCGUAAUGGGUAACCCUUCCGGAAAGAGACAUCUGGUAGAUCGGUAUCGCGAAUUCCAAAGGUCAGCGCUAAUGAAGACACCGAUUGAAGAUAACUGGGAGCUGGCCAAGAAUGAGGACAAGGAAAUAGUGCCCAAGUGGACAGAACGUCUACGACCAUGGCUCGCUCUGGCUACCUCGUCUGAUGAAGUGUGGAGGCUAGCCAUGCACUUUUAUGAACGUUGGGAGAGCGGGCGUCUGCUUGCCACUGAUGGCGUCAUGCACAACAAAAAGAAGAAGGGGUCCGUUUUCCCAGAUGGGGACCCCCCUAUGGACAAGAAGGCUGUAGGGAACCCCGCUGUAAGCUGCUGGAGGCAAAUGGGCGGCCUCACGGACGACGAAAAAGCUAGUGUUCUACGGAAAGUUCUGUCCUUGGAGGUCGUCUGGGUUCAGAGCACCAGUGAGGCAGUGAAGAGAGAGAGGAAGCUUUUGGGGAUUACGGAAGCUGUUUUUAUUGAAAAGUGUGACCGCAUGAUGCUUCCGCUGUUCCACUACAUCGAGUUUGAUCAUGAGAAGAGGCCUGAGGAGGAGUGGGAGAAGGAUACACCAAUCUUUCGCCCACUGGCUGAUGUUUUCGAGGAAUUUGAAGAGUUCGGUCUAGAUCAAGAGUGCUGGACAGGUUGGAGAAUCUAUUUCACAGAUCAUUCUUACGUAAACCUGUGCCCUCAAUUGUUGGGAGGUGAGAAAGACAACGAUCUCAAACGCACGAAAAAGCUGGUUGAGGAUAGCAGGUAUCCUAUGGAGUUUGACAAAGGUGUGACCUCGGUUUUGGAGAACCAGCACGGUGAGGUGUCUCACAUGUGACGCAAAAGCUUACGUAAAUGAACUUGUCUCUGAGAG